AAAACACACCACCUAACUUCCACCACAAAAAAACAACACUCAAUGCCAGCAGCUCUUUUCAUCCCAAGAGCUCUCCUCUUCCUCACUCACCCAAGGUCAUUUUCGUCAACACCAAAAAUGAGCAUCAGCAGCUCUGUGAACUCCGUCACUCCCCGCCUAAGAGGCGUGGUGUUCGACAUGGACGGAACCCUAACGGUUCCCGUCAUCGAUUUCCAAGCCAUGUACAAACAAGUCUUAGGACAAGACAUGUACGAGGCUAUCAAACUCAAGAGUCCCUCGGGAAUAGACAUUUUACAUCAUAUUGAAACAUGGGAUGCUGAUAAGCAACGAAAAGCUUAUGAGAUAAUUGCUGAUUUCGAGCGGCAGGGGCUUGAACGCCUUCAAAUCAUGCCUGGUGCAUCAGAACUUUGUGGAUUUCUUGACUCGCGAAAAAUCAGAAGGGGAUUAAUUACUCGCAAUGUGAAAUCAGCAGUUGAUUUGUUUCACCAACGAUUCGGGAUUCUUUUCUCUCCAGCACUGAGCAGGGAAUUUCGUCCAUAUAAGCCAGACCCAGGGCCGCUGCUGCAUAUCUGCUCAACCUGGGAGAUGGAACCUAAUGAAGUGAUGAUGAUUGGUGAUAGCCUUAAAGAUGACGUGGCUUGUGGGAAACGAGCAGGAGCUUUUACAUGUUUACUGGAUGAAACUGGACGAUACGCUGCUCCUGAAUAUGCAGCUGUGGAACAUAAACCAGACUACACUGUAUCUUCUCUUGCUGAAGUUAUUUCACUGCUGGAGACAAAAUUUGACUUGGCACCAUGACACACCAAUGCAAAAGGGCAGCAAUCGUGCUUUCAUACGAGCCGCAUCUUUUUCAACAAAUUCUAGUCAAGUACUUGCUACUUAUUCCAACUUAUAGAUACCGUGAUGAAAAGAAGUUCAGCUUUAUGUUUGGUAGAAACCUCCUGUGUAUUUAUGCGAGGAAAUAUCAUGCUAUCUAAACCAAAACUUUAGCUAUCUGCUCUCCCUUCUCGAGUCUGUCUUUAAGCAUCAAUGAAAUAAAAUGAAUUUUAAUGCUCUA